AGAUAAUAAACGAAAGAGAGAAGAGAAUGAAGAGGAUAAUGAUUAUGAUUCUAAUUAUUCUAAGUAUAUAGAUAUAGAGGCAUUGUUUGGCGAAAUAAAAACUUCUCUACGAAAAGGAAUGAUACCACUGAAACCAGUGGAUGUCUUCCAUUUGUUAAAAAAGAUUUAUGAGGGAGAAUCAGGAAAUAACUCUAUACAAGAAACAUGUUCAUAUGUACCUACAAUAUUACCAAAGAAUGCUACUAUUCCUUCUACCACCACUACAUCGACUACAAAUGCAAAUUUAACUCCAAUCUAUCCAUUAACAACACAGUCUACUACUCAGUACUAUCAAAGAAAUUUUGCAUCUUCUUCCUCUUCUAAUUACCUGAAUAAUUUAAUGCCUCAUGGCAUAAAAAGAAACUAUCAAGAUCAUUAUAAUCAAUCAUCAACAACAACAACUACCAAUUCUUUGCAGAUGUCCAAUAAUAGUAAUAAUACAUCUUUAAAUGAAGAGGAUCAAGAGGAUGAAAGUGAGUCAGGUGAAAGUGAGUCAGAUGAAAAUGAGGAAGAAGAAGGAAGUGGAGUAGAAGAGGAGGGUUGGAUUAGUCCAAAACAAGUCCUAGCACCGAAUGGAAAAUAUUUAAUAAUAAAAUAUGAUGAAGUGGAGACAGAGCAAUCAGGUAGUGAAAAGGAAGUUGAUGAUGAAGAUUUAAGUGUCUUGGAAUCUGAUGAAGGAAUCCAUUCAGGUUCAAGACGUUGGUUGAAUGUGGAACUUACAAUCCUGUUGAAGUAUAUAUUCAGAAGAAUUAAUACUAGAAAAUUGUACCAUGAUUUAGGACUAAAGAAAAGCUCCCGAGCCAUGAGUUUAAAGAAAUCAUAUAUCAAGAGGAGAGUUCAGGAACUUUUUGAAGUGGAUUGGUGA